AUGGCAGAUCUCAAGAAGUGGGUUGGCGAUCAGCUCCAUGGGCUGAUUGGUAUGUCCGAGAGCAACCUUGUCGACUAUGUGAUCGCCUUGGCGAAGAAAUCCAGAGAUGAAGCAGCUCUCAUGGCGGCACUUCGUGACAACGAUGUCCCCAUCAAUGACGAGAGCAGGAGAUUUGCGUUGCAGCUGAUGAAGAGCGUGCCGAAGGCGGCGGACAAUCGCGCAGCAGAGAAAGCGGCGAAACAGAAGCAGGAGGAGAGGGAGAGGCAGAGGAAGCAGGUCGAGAUGCUGCAGAAGAACAAUGAGUACACGUUGCUGAAUGAUGACGCCGACGACAUCCAAGUUGAUAACCGAGCCAACGACAACCUACGAAAGCUGGAGAGUAAGGAGAUGAAACGCGAGAAGAAAGAGAAGAAGCGAAAUCUUCGCAAGACAAAGUGGAAUGAGGAUGAAGAUGAUGACAAUGGUCAGAAGGACGAGCCAUCCUCGAAGAAGCCCAAGAUUGAAGACGAGGAUGAAGCCUUGGAGGAAUGGGAGAUGGAAGAGCUGGAGAGGAUCCGCGAUCUUGCUGAGAGAGAUGCUUUCGUCAACAGGCUGAAAGUUCGAGAUGAAAAGAAGACAAAGAAGCUCGUGGCUGAGAAGGACGAUUUCAUGGUCAAAGACGAGGAGACGGGGGAGCAUCGCACACUGACCGAAGAGGAGCGAAACUUCAUCUUCGAAGAAAGCAGGAUAGUCUCUCGUCAGGCGUAUCUGGAGAAGCGAGAGAACAAGAAGAUAGACGAGCUUGUGGAGAGCAUUGAGGAUGAGAAGCGCCUGUUCGAGGGCAUCAAACUGACGGCAAAGGAGAAGAGAGACUUCAUUGUGAAGCAAAGAGUUUUGGACCUUGUGAAGCAAAGGAAUGAUACCAUCGAUAAGACUCCCAACUAUGUGAUGCCAGAGUCUUACGAUGACACGACGAAGCCGGAGUCACGCAGCAGGAGAUACAAGGUCUUGGACAACCGAUACGACGAGAUCGAAGACAACGUCUUGCCUACCGACCAAGACGUCCACGAGGGACUGCAGAUCGAGCAUGCCUCCAUCCGGGUAGGGCACAAGGCUGAGAAGCACCAGCGGGGCUCGGAGUACGACUUCGUGCUGGAAGACCAGGUCGACUUUGUCAAGGACGCCAUCUCCUCUGCAGAGGUGAACUACCUGGAGGAGCCCGACGAGGAGAGCGUGAAGGAGCGGAGGCAUCGGAGCAUGAUGGAGGAGAGGAUGUCGUUGCCGAUCUAUCCCUACAGGCAGCAGCUGCUGGAUGCCAUCGCUGAGGAGCAGAUUCUGAUCAUCGUGGGGGAGACGGGGUCGGGCAAGACGACUCAGAUCAUGCAGUACCUGAUCGAGGCGGGAUACUGCGAUGGAGGCAGCAAGAUUGCAUGCACGCAGCCUCGUCGUGUGGCGGCCAUGAGUGUCGCCAAGAGGGUGGCAGACGAGAUGGACUGCAAGCUGGGACACGACGUGGGGUACAAGAUCCGCUUCGAGGACUCGACGUCGGAGAAGACCAAGUUGAUCUACAUGACCGACGGGAUGAUGCUGCGCGAGUUCCUUGGGGAGCCAGACAUGGCCUCCUACAGCGUCAUCAUGGUCGACGAGGCGCACGAGCGAACUCUGCACACGGAUGUUCUGUUCGGCCUGGUGAAGGACGUUGCUCGCUUCCGUCACAGGGACUCUGAGCUGGGAGAACUGAAGCUGCUCAUCUCCUCCGCUACCAUGGACGCCCAGAAGUUCCACGAGUACUUCGACGGCGCUCCCAUCUUCACCAUCCCCGGUCGUCGCUACCCCGUCGACGUCUUCUACACGAAAGCGCCGGAGGCGAACUACCUGGAGGCCGCGGUCGUGACCGUCUUGCAGAUCCACGUGACGCAAGGGAAGGGCGACAUCCUUGUGUUCAUGCCGGGGCAGCAGGAGAUCGAAGCGACGGUCGAGCUGCUCAACGAGAGGACCAAGGGCUUUGGUACGAAGCUGGGUGAGCUGAUCAUCCUCCCCGUCUACUCCACCCUCCCCUCCCACGAGCAGGCGAAGAUCUUCGAGGACACUCCGCCUGGUGCGCGCAAGGUUGUGAUUGCGACCAACAUCGCCGAAACGUCGCUCACCAUCGACGGCAUCGUCUUCGUCAUCGACCCGGGCUUCGUCAAGCAGAAGUCCUUCAACCCCCGCAGCGGCAUGGAGAGCCUCGUCGUCACUCAGAUCUCUAAGGCUGCUGCCCAGCAGCGGUCGGGGAGGGCAGGACGUACAGCCCCUGGGAAAUGCUUCCGGUGA